AUGAACGGGAUCGAGCACAUUGUCCGUGAACUUGGUCGGCAGCGGGCACGAAAUGCAUACUACCGAGAUUGUUAUGCCCUGUUCAAACUAUUGCAAGACCUCACGGAACAGACGUCCCACGAACUACAGAGCAUCUACACAUCAGAUGGCAGCCGUCCGGCCUACGCCGUCCACCGAAUCGCAUGCGAAGCGCAAGCCACGUGUGAAGAGCUGUGUCCGGUUGACCGCAUCUUCUCCGCUCGGGAAGUGUUGGAACCUAUCAGACGACUGUACAACGAUGCAAAUGCAGCUGCGCUUGGUAGACAUGCGAUCAGAGAUAAAAAAGACCAAGUCGGAGCUCGGCUGACUGAAGCUAGCAAGAGUGACGGAGGGUAG